AUGGCAUCAUGGUGGAGGGUCGUUCGAGCUUCAGAAGAGAGAUUUGAUCCAAAUACAUGGCUGUUUUUGCUUGGCACCAACUGGGCGGCGGUUGGUCUUUUUCGUGGAAUCCGCAUGGCUCGACGUGUCCCAAGCGACUCCUUGACCUACGCUGCAGAUCUAGGCAGCUUGAAAGGUUCUAUUGGGGCGGCGUUCAAUGUCACUUUUUGGGGAAUGUUCCAUGGCGCCAUGCAGUAUCUCCUUGCAAUGGUGUUACUGGAAAAUCCAGUGACUCAACGUUAUCGGUUAUGGACACUCUUCCUUGGAAUGAUAUUGCCCUCCCUUGCGCUCAUGCACUCAGUUGCUCUUAUUAGGACUAUGGACGUGCCUGUGCUAUAUUGGUACGGAAUGCACAGCGGUGCUUAUGACCUUAAUUUGGUUGUUGCUGCUGGCACUCCCUAUUAUAUUAUGCCGUUCUCUGUAUGGCUGCUCAGCUAUUUCGACAUAUCAUUUUUACCCAGCGUAUUCACUGGACUGCUGAGACAAGCAUGGAAUAGACUGUUGAGACGCGUGUUUAGAAAAGUAAUCGCAUCAAGAAUUGUGGUCAAGGUGGCGCGACUUUUGGCCUGUGUGUCAUUCUUUAUGGUGUCAAUCUCGAUUAUCAUGAUCGAUGUCACAGAAGAUUCAAGAUGGUUCAUUGGGCUCUUACCACUAGCACCGUUUUGCCUUGGGUUACUACUGGUUGCAGUUCCAUUGUUUUGGCUUAUCACGGUUGGAUGUGCGAGUGGUUGGUAUGCUUUUGUGGCUUAUGUGACUCGCAGUGUCAAAGCAUCACAUUCAUGUUUCUUCAUGCCAUGUGCCCCCCAGUCAAUUAACGAAGAAGAUCAAUUGUUUGCUUUGUUUGCUAGUCUGCUGCUCUUUGUUGGAUGGGAGGUUAUUCCGAUUCUUGUGAACGAAUUUAGAAAACGCUAUAGAGACCCGCGGGAGUUUGUUCGGGACAUGGAAGAGCGAAUGAGGGACCUUGAGAUGAGGCAGGCAUUGCAGCGGAGGUUCGGCUGGGAAGGAUCUAAUACUUGGAGGACCUGA